AUGGCGACCGAGAAGAAGCUGGUGAAUGUCCUGAUGGUGGGAACGGGAGAGUACACCACGGGUUUCGUCGGUGGCGGAGCUUCAGGAUCUGACAAGAAAGUUGGAGUCGUAGGAUUGACUCUUUUCGAUCUUCGACGAAGAGGCAAGGUGGGCAAGCUCGGCAUGGUCGGCACAAAUGGCACCAAAUUUCCUGCUAUAAGACAACACCUGGACACCAACAUCUCCAAGGUUUACAACAGCCUCGACUGCUCGUUCGACUCUUACCCGGCCAAUGACGUGAAAGACCCGGACGCGUACAAGGGAGCCAUUGACGCCCUGAAGCCCGGCGACGCUAUUACCAUCUUUACCCCCGACACCACCCACUACCCUAUUGCUCUGUAUGCUAUUGAGCGGGGUAUUCACGUUCUCAUCACCAAGCCAGCAGUCAAGACCCUCGAUCAUCACCUGCAGUUGAUCGAAGCAGCAAAGAAGCACAAUGUCUUUGUAUACAUCGAGCACCACAAGAGGUUCGACCCGGCGUACGCGGAUGCCCGGUUCAAGGCCAAGAAGCUGGGCGAUUUCAACUACUUCUACUCUUACAUGUCGCAGCCGAAGUCACAGCUCGAGACUUUCAAAGCAUGGGCUGGUAUUGACUCCGACAUUUCUUACUACUUGAACAGCCACCACGUCGACAUCUGUGACUCAAUGGUUUCCCAGCUCGAUUUCGUGCCAAUCAAGGUGUCAGCGUCUGCGGCCAAGGGAAUUGCAACCGACCUUGGUUGCGACCCAAUCACAGAAGACACCAUCACUGUCCUCGUUACUUGGCAGAAGAAGGGCGACCCGUCCAAGAUUGCGACCGGUGUCUACACAGCUUCCUGGACUGCUCCUCAAAAAGCCGGCGUCCACAGCAACCAGUACUUCCACUACAUGGCAUCCGGCGGUGAGGUUCGAAUCAACCAGGCAAAGCGCGGCUACGACGUCGCGGACGAUACUGCCGGGCAGCUGCAGUGGUUCAACCCAUUCUACAUGAAAUACGCUCCCGAUGAGGAGGGCAACUUCAAUGGGCAAACUGGAUAUGGAUAUAUCUCCUUUGAGAAGUUCGUCGACGCUUGCAACGCCCUCAAUGCCGGCACUGUCACUCUCGACGAGCUCGAUAAGCGCGGGCUGCCUACCCUCGCGAACACCACGGCAACCACAGCUAUCCUUCACGCCGGUCGCGUGAGCAUCGACGAGGACAGGGAAGUUAGGAUAGAGAGCAAGGACGGAGCAUGGAAAUUGGUAUAG